AUGACAGAUCACCGUGCAGGUGAAAUGGCGGCAGACACUUCCAACGGGUCGGCUGGGGCAUCACCUCGUACCAGCACCGACUCUCGCUCGUCCUCCGUGCGCAGUCAAUCUCUCCGAGUCUCUCACGGCUCAUCGAACCACCAACACCGUCACAGCUUGAGCGAAACGCUGCGCGGGGCACCGGGGUCCCCCCGCAGCCGACGACAGCCUUCGAUCACCCAGUCAGCGAUCCAGAGUCUGAUUGACAACCCCCCAGCUCCGAAUAACGCGAAUCCCGCUUUUGUCGGUCGGGACUGGAGGGAAAUUUCGAUCGGGGAGCUGGUCAGCCCGGACGAUUUGAAGUUUGUGGAGGUCGACACUGGAAUUGAGCAGGCCACAAAUGUCUUAAUAGAUACGGGGGCACCGGUGCUCUUGAUUCGGGAAACUCCUGAGCACAAGUCGGUCGUGGGUACCUUUGACUACGCGGAUCUAAAUGCAUACCUCUUACUCGCGGCCGGGGUGACGCGUCCGGACGAAGAAUGGCUUGCCUCAUACGAAGAGUUGGCCCGCAAGGCUCGAGAAGGAAUCACGAUACCGCUGCGGGAUGUGAAGGAUCUGGCGCGGAAAGAGCCGAUGACGACACUCCCGGCUUCUGCCAACGUGAUGACGGCGGUCGAAACGUUCGGUGGAGGCGUCCAUCGCGUGGUGGUGGUGAACGACCAUGAUGGGAGUGAAGUGGUGGGAAUCUUCAGUCAAUACCGACUAGUCAAAUUCCUGUGGGAGAAUGGACGCAGUUUCCCGGUGAUCGAUCAGCUGUAUCCACAGGCUCUGCGAGACUUGCAGAUAGGAUCUCACGAGGUGGUUGCAAUCAAUGGAGAUAAACCUCUCAGUGAGGCGUUGGGCAUUAUGAAUAACGAAGGAAUCUCGUCCAUUGCUGUGGUGGAUAACCAUUUCAACGUGGUGGGAAAUAUCUCUUCGACGGAUGUCAAGCUUCUAACCCGCUCCUCCUCGCUUCCUCUGCUGCACAACACCUGCACCCACUUCAUCUCAGUGAUCCUAUCGACGCGAGGCUUAAUUGACGGCAAAGACUCAUUCCCCGUUUUCCACGUGAAUCCCAGCUCUACACUAGCGCAUACUGUGGCCAAGGUGGUAGCCACCAAAUCACACCGCUACAAUGGGACCGUCGAUCCCGGCAUCAGCCCUUCCGGGGGCCCGACUGUCGGGACGACUGGUGGGGGUGGUGAGCCUUACCGAUAUUUUGAACCUGCACGCUCGGGCGAGCGGAUUACGGCCGGCGGAUCCCGCGGACAGUCGUAG